AUGUCCAAACGUAGAGUGUCAGAUAGUCUGAGUCAAGUUGACAAUCGUGGGGAGACAGCGAUGAGUGCGGACGCAAAUGAACCGCGUGAAGACGAGCAGACGAUCAUUGUGCCAUCUGUGCCUCUCUUCCUCGAUCUGUACGGAGCCGCUGUGGAGAAAUCGGCUACCCGUUGUUCAAUGGGUUCCCGUGUAGUCAAGACCACCUGCUACCUCAAGCACCUCGAAUUCUCUUGCACCCGAACCCAAUCUUCGGUCACGUUUUAUCCAACCGAUCUCCGUUAUGCUUGCCUGCCUGAUCAGUCCAUGAUCGACUUGCCAACUUCCACUGCCCGCUCUUCAAAGCCCCCCGUUCAAUAUAGAGCUACACUGCCAACAUUCAGCAGCAAAUCUUCAACGACGCCAAUUCAGUCGACAAUGCACUUGUCAGCGACAGGCACCCACUUUCCGCAAACCACCGAUCGUACUUCGACUCCCAUGCACCUGACGAAAACGGACUCUCAAGUGGUCCCCACUCAGUCCAUGACGCGUUCCCCUACUCUGGCGAAGCUCCUUACAACACCAGGCUCUUCACAAACCAGUCCUGUGGCUUCACCGAAAAAGCUUCUCAAACUCUCGCCCAUCUCACAAUCCUCGCCUCCUACACCCAAGCGUUCGCAAGUCGCUAGUAUUGCCACCGCCUCACAAUCCACGUCUACCUCUUCUUUCACGAAGCCCCCUGUUAUCUUGAUCUCUCCACAAACCAGUCCUGCUCCUUCACCAGUGAAGCCUCCUACACCUCCGACCUCCGCACAAUCCACACCUGCUUCUUCACCGAUAGGGGGAUCCAAAAUUGCCAUUCAACCAAUACCUUCAACAUCAACUCACCAUUUGGUAUUCCCUAAACCUGGACCCUACCUUGUAGCUGCCGAUUCAGAAUAUCCUGCCAGCUUUUCACCACCUAUCAAGUACUACAGCUCUUCUCCACCACUCCGGGUGGAACUUAUGGCAGUUGACGUCAGUAGGCGCUCCACAUCGAUCCAUCCACCGCCAAUGGCUACGGAACAGCCGAAUCAAGAACCACAAGUGUCGCAGCCACCCGGACUUACUGCAAGGGGGUCACUGGGAACGUCGGAAUCAGACGGUGACGAGAUCGCUAAUGCGUCGUGCUCUAGUAAUCGCUAA